AUGAAGUCACUUGUUUCAAUUGCUGCUGCUCUAUCCCUCUUCGUCGCUGCUGCUCAAGCUACCACCUGUACCAUCCCAACCACAGGAAAGGAUGAUACUUCUGCCAUUCAAAGCGCUUUCAAGUCCUGCGCUACCGGAGGUACCGUUGUCUUCACUAAAGGCGCUACCUACUAUCUCAAUGCCAUGAUCAGUAUUACUGGACUUAAAGGAACUACCGUCCAAUUCGAUGGUAAUCUCAACCUCCCAGUCUACAGUUCAUCCUAUGAGAAUGGAGCUGCCUACAUUUCCGUCACAGGUGAUUCGGUUAAAUGGACCGGAAGUGGUACUAUUGUAGGAAAUGGUCAAGCCUGGUACGACAAGAAGCUUACGGAUGCUCCUCGCGUACUUGCCAUCCACACUACCAAUUCAGUGUUCAGUGGCUUCAAAAUUACUCAGGCCCCUCGAGCUCAUUUCAGUAUCAACGGCGCCAAAAACACCGUUCUGGAAAACCUCUACAUUAACACCGUUUCUACCUCGAGCAAUCCUGCCAAGAACACUGAUGCAUUUGACGUCAGCUCCUCCUCUGGUAUCAUUAUUCAAGGCUCAAACAUUUACAACGGUGAUGACUGUCUUGCCGUUAACUCUGGUGUGACUAACUUGACUUUCACCAAUAACAACUGCAAUGGAUCGCAUGGUUUCUCCAUUGGCAGUCUUGGAAAGGAUCUGUCGGCUGGAACAGUUGAUGGUGUAAACAUUACCGCCUCUUCCUGCACUAACUGCCAGAACGGAGUUCGCAUCAAGACAUGGCCCGGCGGCACAGGUUACGUCAAGAACAUCAAUUACGAUAACAUCAACCUCCAGAAUGUCGAUAAUCCAAUCAUCAUCACCACGCACUAUUGCGAUAGUGAGCACCAAUCAUCGUGCAAUGCUGAUGACUCAAGCUCGUUGACCAUCUCUGCUGUUAAAAUCAACAAUGUGUACGGCACUGUUUCCAACGCUGGCCACCCUGUCUUGAGUGUCAACUGUUCUUCCAAGACUCCUUGCUCCAACUUCGCUGUCACCAACAUCAACGUCUCCAAGGCCUCCAAGACUCCUAAGAAUGUUUGUAUCGACUUGACUGGCUCAAGCUCCAUCCCCUACUGCUCUCAGUAAGGGCUGGCCAAACUUAUCACGCCGUGUUGUGAUUAGGUCCCUUAAGAUGCCACACAAUCUAGCAGCUAUACCCCCUUUCCCCUCCCCCAAAAUAU